AUGCUAGCGGUACCAAGGAAAUAUCUGCACAAGAUUAUAUUCAGAGAAAGUGUUCCAUGCCAGAAAGUUGUGCAAUGUAGCCGCAGCUGGAAGGUCCUGGACGCUAUCCAGGCUGCGAUGGUCGCCCUUCCACGCUCCUGGAAGGUCCUGGACGCUAUCCAGGCUGCGAUGGUCGCCCCUCCACGCUCCUGGAAGGUCCUGGACGCUAUCCAGGUUGCGAUGGUCGCCCCUCCACGCUCCUGGAAGGUCCUGGACGCUACCCAGGCUUCGAUGGUCGCCCCUCCACGCUCCUGGAAGGUCCUGGACGCUAUCCAGGCUGCGAUGGUCGCCCUUCCACGCUCCUGGAAGGUCCUGGACGCUAUCCAGGUUGCGAUGGUCGCCCCUCCACGCUCCUGGAAGGUCCUGGACGCUAUCCAGGUUGCGAUGGUCGCCCCUCCACGCUCCUGGAAGGUCCUGGACGCUAUCCAGGUUGCGAUGGUCGCCCCUCCACGCUCCUGGAAGGUCCUGGACGCUAUCCAGGUUGCGAUGGUCGCCCCUCCACGCUCCUGGAAGGUCCUGGACGCUAUCCAGGCUACGAUGGUCGCCCCUCCACGCUCCUGGAAGGUCCUGGACGCUAUCCAGGUUGCGAUGGUCGCCCCUCCACGCUCCUGGAAGGUCCUGGACGCUAUCCAGGCUACGAUGGUCGCCCCUCCACGCUCCUGGAAGGUCCUGGACGCUAUCCAGGUUGCGAUGGUCGCCCCUCCACGCUCCUGGAAUCUGCAAUGA